AUGAAUGGACAGGUUUCACAUGAAGAUGUGGAUCUGGCAGCAUCUGGCUUUGACAUUGUGAACUGGGUCCUGUUUCCAAACGAGACGAAAGCCAGAGUGAACAUUGGGAGUAUAGAGGCCAGGGCAGACUAUGAGACAAAGUUCACCAUUCACCCAGAAGCCAUUGUGUGGCCCCUGAAGUUUAACAAGUUAAAUCACUCCUUCUCUUUAGAUACAGAACGAUGCAUCAAAUGUCCAGAAGAUCGGUAUCCAAACAAAGGCCGAGAUCAAUGUCUCCCCAAAGUCAUCACUUUCUUGUCUUAUGAAGAACCUUUGGGGAUUGUCCUGAUUUCAUUUGCAUUAGUCUUGUUUUUCUGCACAGUGGUUGUCUUACGUAUCUUCAUCAAAUACCUAGACACUCCAGUAGUCAAAGCCAACAACCGGGACCUCUCUUACCUUUUGCUUCUGUCACUCCUGUUUACUUUUUUGUCCUGCCUCCUGUUCCUUGGCCAGCCAAAGAAAGCAACUUGCCUUCUUCAACAAACUGCUUCCAGCAUCAUUUUCACCAUUGCUGUCUCUUCUGUUUUGGCCAAAACCAUCACUGUAGUGCUGGCCUUCCUGGCCACACAGCCAGGGAAUAGAGUAAGAAGAUAUCUGGGGAAGGGCUUGGCAAACUCUAUUGUGAUUUCAUGUUCCUUUGUUGAAAUUGUCAUCUCUUGUAUAUGGCUGGGCAUGUCUCCUCCAUUCCCUGACUUGGACAUGCAUUCCCAGCCCGGAGAGAUCGUCCUGAAAUGCAACGAAGGGUCUGUGACCAUGUUCUACGUUGCCCUUGGCUACAUGGGCCUUCUGGCUGUCAUCUGCUUGGUGGUGGCUUUCCUGGCCAGAAAGCUGCCUGGGGCCUUCAAUGAAGCCAAGCUGAUCACCUUCAGCAUGCUGGUCUUCUGCAGUGUCUGGGUCUCCUUUGUGCCCACCUACCUGAGUGCCAAGGGGAAGUACAUGGUAGCUGUGCAGAUCUUCUCCAUCUUGGCCUCCAAUGCUGGGCUCUUGGGCUGCAUCUUUAUCCCUAAAUGCUACAUUAUUGUGCUGAGGCCAGAUCUGAACACAAAGGAAAAUCUAAUGACAAAAUCUAAAGACAGUUUUUGAUCAUUUCUAUUGCAAA